UUUGCGACCAAUGCACCAUCCCAAAAGGCAGCAAGACGUGGCGGUGAUUACCUGUUUUGGCACUCACUUUAGCCCAGCCAAUUACUUUCGUGUACAGAUAUGGCCGCAACAUUAACGGGCCUUCCCAACGAACUCCUCACCAUUAUUGUCCACCAGAUCUCCACUCAAGACAGGUUAUCUCUUGCCCAUCUUUGCCGUAGACUCAACCGUUUCGCCUUGUCCUACCAAUUUUACAAGAAACAUAUUACAUCGUACAACUCAUUUGGCAGCAAUGGCCGCAUAUUUUCCGACAUUUGCCACCUUCGAUUAUAUCUCACAACAGAGACUCCCUUCCCGGUCAUAGAGCUCGCGUUCACGUCCCAGUUCGAGAAGGAUAUGGCCCAAGUUCAGCAUUAUCUGAUCCCCUUGCUUUUCACAUUCAGUUCCUUGCCGAAGAGCUGUGUGACAGUCCCUGGAAAGAUGGCACAAUAGAACCAUCCAUAAAGCGAUUUUCUAGCUUCUGUAAGGGCCUUGUCCGCUGGAAAUGUUUCUCCCUCGCUUUUCCCGACUUUGACGCAUACCAGCUGG